AGCGUCUGGGCGCGGCCCGGUCUCGAGCUCUCGGCCUCGCCCUGUGCCCCGGCGCCUGGUUGACGGGCCUGGCCUCUCCCUGCGCCGUCCCCGACCGGAACGGUGUGAAGUUCUGUGAGUUCGUCCAGUCCGUAAUUAAAAAGCGAGCUGUGUCCAGUGCACGUCGGGUAAAAUACAGAAAGACUGCCCUGCUGCAGGACUGUUUGUGUCGGGACGCUCCUAAAUUGCCAAAACGCUGCACUGCUCCCAUCUCCAAGGUGGAAAGAUUAUCUCCCAGUUGGACAGCGGAUGCCAGGAACUCGUUUUGUUGCUUUUAAAGUACCCUUGCAAAAGAAUUUUGAAGGGAAUCUUGCUUCAGAAGAACGCUUUUCUCUUUUGGAUCUUUUCAACAAAAUCCAAGAGCAAAAUGAAGAGCUUGGACUGAUUAUUGAUUUAACAUAUACUCAGCGCUAUUAUAAACCAGAGGAUUUACCAGAAACUAUUAGUUAUUUAAAAAUUUUUACAGUUGGGCAUCAAGUGCCUAAUGAUGGCACUAUUUUUAAAUUCAAGUGUGCUGUUAAUGAAUUUUUGAAAGAAAAUAAAGAUAAUGACAAACUUAUUGGUGUUCACUGUACCCAUGGUUUAAACAGGACUGGCUACCUCAUCUGCAGAUAUUUGAUUGAUGUAGAAGGCAUGAGGCCAGAUGAUGCAAUUGAAUUAUUCAAUAGAUGCCGAGGACAUUGCAUAGAAAGGCAAAACUAUGUUGAAGAUCUUCAGAAUGGUCCUAUCAGAAAGAACUGGAAUUUUGGUGUACCCAGAUCAAGUGGUUUUGAAGACUCUGUGGAACCGGUCCACAGCAAUAACAAGUUUGUUAACCGUGGGUCAAGGUAUAGCCUACACAAUCCACCCCCUUCCCGGCGUUUUCAUACCCAGACCCAGAACUGGCAACAAUCAGUCAGAAAAUUUUCACAAACUCAGAAUGUUUACCAGAGAGGUCAUAUCCCUCCUCCUGGCCCUGCUGGAGAGGACUAUUCACAAAGGAGAUACUUUUGGAGUGUGAAACCAAAUGGCAGCCAAGCAGCUCAGAAUAAGAGGUGGUAUGCUGGUGGUUACCAGAGACUUUCUUCUCCAGCCUGUUGGGGAUGGAACAAGUGAUACAGCCCUGUCCUGGAAAUCUACUUGGUGAUGAGAGCUGGGCUGAAGAUUGCUGGAGUGACUUUCAGUAAAAAUCAGGUCAAAUUAUUUUUCAGGUCAAUGAGGUUUUUUUAAAAAAAAUUAUUGCUCCCUUUUAUGUGUUCAAGCUUAAAGAGAAGUUAUGAGAUAAUAUUACCUCUUUGCUUAUAAAUUCACAUUAAUUAUAGUAAUGUAAAAAUCGGUCAUUCCACUUAAAUUUUUCUACAGGACGAUGUUUUAGAUCUGAUAAACUUCCCUUGCAAAUUAUUUUUAAAAUUGUAUCCUUUUUUUCUAUGUAUUUCCUUCAGAUUAGAUUUGUGGUAUGAAUUUCUUAGUGUUUUUGUUAUGCUUGUUGAUCCAGUCACUAACAAUAUCUUUUUUUCCCUAACUGUUCAAAUUUCUACUAAAAUCUACCUAGAAAGACAGUUUCCUCAAGCUAAUCACUAUUGGUAUUAGUUCUGAUAUUUUUGUGACUAGAUGUUUCUUUCUUUGGCAGUCAGUAUUGGGAUUUGACCAACCUCCUUAUACUGAAUUGCCAGAUGUGCCAUCAAACACAAAAAUGGAUAAAAAUGUUAGGGAUUGUUAAUUGGGCAAGAAUGAUAAACUAGUGUUGGUUAAUCAGAUGAUAAUUAUCCUGAUAAUUUGAUCACAAGAUAAAUGUCAUCAAAGGGGUUGAACCAUCCAGAAAGCUUGAAAACUUUUAUAGAAUUACAGAAGUUGCUCAAUGAAUGGAAUAAUGUGACUACCAAUUGUCUGGAAUAUCUGGGAAGACUGUUAUUCCUCUUCUUUUGAACAUAACUCUCUGGGAUCUUUUUCCAGUUGUAUCUUACACUGGAGUGGUGCUUUACCUCAGGAAUACACAGGUAGAUCACUUGAGAGGAUGCUGAUUUUUUUUGGUUUCAGAGGAAGCUAGAAAUCUUUGCUUGCUUGAGAAAGUAUCUGAAUAUCAUGACACAUACUGAGCCCCAAUGACUAUUUGAGGAAUGUUUGGGCAACUCAGAUUCAUUUUCAAGGCCUCUUGAUUUUGAGGGUUUGUAUAAUAGAAUGUCUGAUGCUAUAUAAGAUAGCUGUUUUAUAUGUAAACAUUGUGUGGAACCUGACCUUAAGGAAGUACUGUAACUCAAGUGUUCGCCUUGCCUGUAUCUAAAUUCAGUCAUGUUGCUUUGCUUUACUGAAAUAAUAGCUCAUAAAUUUUUUUCUUCUUGCUGCAUUUAAGAGAGAUACAGAAGUCCUUUGGUUAUAAGCCUGCUCUUGUAAAUUGCUACCCUAGAGAUAUCAUGAAGCCUUACAUUGGAAGACAUUCCACUAUGAGAC